CGCGCGUUUCCAAACGUGUGUGCACGUGGACUCUGAACAUUUCGGAUGAAAGGGCAGAAAUCACAAAUUCUGGCCACGUCGAUAGUUGGAUUGGUUUCUGUCAGCGUAUAUCUGUGCACUCUCCAGAUUGACGGUUGGAGGAUCGGGUCCUGGGCCGGAAUGACGGUCCCUCAUCUGAUUGAAACCAGAGAGAAGUGAUCCUGCCCUUCCCGAGGCGGACUAACGGCUGAGUCCGAAAUGAGCGAGAGAGCGGUGCCGUUACGGAACAACAACGUGGCAGAGGACGCGCCAGCCGACGGGAACGCCAACGACAUCAGGACGGAUGACGAGGGCGGCGGCGGAAGCGGGUCGGGCGGAAGCGGCGCCCUGUCCGAGCGGGACAAGGUGGUCAUCUGGGGUACGGAUUCCCAGUGCGACGACCCCGAGUUGGCAGAGUUCGAGAUGCUGGAGUGUCAGGAGCUGGAGGCCUACCUGGUGGAGGAUGGAGAGGAUUUUGUCGGACUGAAGGAGCGCAGCGAGGAUCCGCCACGUUCUGGUAGCAGAACCGCAGCAGAACCAGCAACUGAGACUGAUGUGGACAACCACGGAAGGACUUUGCCUUCCCAGACAGAAGAUGCAGAAAAUAUUCUCGAGUCCUGGGUGGAUCUCAACUUGAACUCUACCAAGGAUCUUGCGUCGGAAGCACAUGAGCACAACAGGAACCAGAAGAAUAACCAGAAGAAUAAAGCUAUGAAGGGAGCCGCCGAACACAAGGCGUCGCCCGUCAGAAAUCCUACAACUGAUAAAAGCACCCAAGCAGACAAGAGCGGAAGCCCUUGCAAAGCGAAAGCCGUCCAGCCCAAAGUCGUCAAGAAACAAGGCUCUUUUGAUAACUCCUUGAAAAAGCAGAACUCCUUUGAGAGGAUCUACAAGAAGCAGCUCUCCUUUGAGUACUCCUUCAAGAAGCAGCUGUCCUUUGAGAAUUCCGCAAAGAACUCCGUUGAGAACAUCUCCCACUCCUCCAGUCUGGAGAGGAGGAAGCCCUGGGGAAGCUCGAGUCACCCGGUGUCCCCCGCGUCACCCAGGAAGCAACCGCCUGCUUCUCCGGCCAAGGGGCAGAACGCCCGGGCACCUAAGACCAGCUUGGGCAGUGGGAUUCCCAAACCUGUAGCUCCUCUGCAGAAAGUCUCCGACGUCGGGAGGUCCUCCUCUCCCCCAAAACCCAAACAUGUCCGUCCGAAAAUCAUCACCUGCGUACGCAAAACUUCUCAAGGAAAAUUACAAGGGACCGACACCCCACUUGGAGGCACCACACACCACACAAAACUGUCCUCCUACCCCAGUACUCAAGCUCAUGCGGAUCCAAAGGUCGGACCUUUGUCUAAAGGCUCACCGGUGCUUGGCUCCUGUAUCGUUGACAAGUACAGGCAGGAAAUUUCUGGACACAGUUCGUCUGGGAUGAAAUAUCUAGCCAGCGGUGGUCAUCACGAGGACAUCCCUGGGAAAUGUACCCAGGAGCACCCCUCUCAAGAUGGAGCCAGCGUCUACCGCUCCCCCAGAGGUGCCAGGCCUCAGCUGGGGCUCGGCGCCGUCACCAGACAACCCACAGCUAAAACACGAGUGCAGCCAGCUAGUCAAAAGUUGUCAUCAGCAGUGCUCGGCCAACCCGGAACCCACAGCUACCAGGAAGCUUCAGGGGACCAAAGAAGGUCAGGUCCAGAGACCUCCCCUAAGAACCUUCUGCUCAAAUCGGGCCAGACUGGUCUUCGUCCUCCGGGGUUUUCCGCCCUUCCUCCUGCCAGAGCCACAAUGGGCAUCAUGAGGAGCUCGUCGUCCAUGUCCAAUGACAGCAAUACUUGCCGAACUUCGCAGUCUUCGAGAAAAGAGACACUGAAGGAGUCAGAAGCUGUGUUGCCUCUCAAGUCCUCCCCCAAAAGAUGUGCAGUGGUCUCGCCCAAGCCUCAAUCCCCUGUGCACGGGCGAGCCGGGUCGUCGCAGGAAGUGGACCGGGCGCUCAUCAAGCUGCUGAGGGAGCGCUGCGAGCAGCAGGCCCGCCAGCUGCGCAGCCUCCAGGCGCAGCUGAAGAAGGCCUCGCUGUGCAUGAGCGUCUUCAGCAUCACCGUGCAGCACUUCUGUCACAAGAGUGAGUGUGCAGCUGUGAGGGAAGGGGAACUGUCCCGGGAGCUCGCCAGGAUCAGGGAUGAAGUGGCUUUCAGUGUGGCCCACUGGGAGCAGCUGCAGCGGGAGAAGCAGGAGCUGGAGCGGCGUUUCGAGACGGAGCUCCGGGGACUGCGGGCUGAGCAGCGGGUCCGGCUGGGAGCGCUGGAGGAGCGGCUGAGGGCGCAGCAUUCGGCCGACACCCGCAGCCUGAGGGCCCUCCAGCGCGCUCAGCUGGAGGACCUCAGGGUGCGGCAGCAGGAACAGAUGGAGGAGAUGAAUGAGAACCACGAAGCCUCCCUGGUGGAGAUGGAGGCAACCCACAACGACACGCUGGCCACUCUGCGGGAGGAGCACGCCAGGACCGUGAAAAAUCUCAAGAUGGCCCACGAGCAGCAGAGGAAGUCUUUGGAGGAGGAGUUUGAGAAGAUCCGACUCUCCUUACAGGAUCAGGUGGACAUGCUGACCUUCCAGAACAGAAGCUUGAGGGACCGAGCCAAACGCUUCGAGGAGGCCCUCCGCAAGAGCACGGACGACCAGAUAGUGGACGCUUUGGCGCCAUACAAACACAUUGAGGAGGACCUGAAGAGCCUGAAGGAGGUUCUGGAGAUGAAGAACCAACAAAUCCACCAGCAGGACUUGAAGAUUACUGAGCUGGAGAAAAUACAGGCCGAAAAGAACGUUCACCUUGAGGAGCGAGUGCAAGUGUUGCAGCAGCAGAACGAGGACCUGAAGGAACGCAUCGACAAGAACCUCGCAGCGUCCAGGCAACUGUCGGAGGAGAACGCCAACCUGCACGUGCACGUGGAGAAGGAGAGCACGGAGAAGAAGCGCCUGAGCCGCACCAACGAGGAGCUGCUGUGGCGCCUGCAGACGGGCGAGCUCAGCCCUCGCAUGUCGCCCGGCGGCUCGCCCGUCCACCGGCCGCCCUCUCUGCCCGGCUCGCCCGCCCGCCCGCACUCCUACCACCAGUGACCGCGACCACCUGGAAGCUGCACUCAGGAGUGGUGCUGUUGUUGUUUUUUUGAGACACACUGACGCUCUCAUUUUGCCUUUUUUCUGUCAUCCAGCACUCAGGACGACGGCGGUACUGAAUGAUGCGACCUUUGCCGUCCAUUUUCUGGCACCGGCGACCUCCUCCGAGCACCAAAAGCAUUGUUUUUGUUGUUGUUUUUUUUAAACACACUCGGGCAAUGGGCCGCUUCCAUCUGGUGGCAUCUUGGUGCCAAGGAACUGUUGAAGUGAGCUGAGGAGAUUCAUUCAGACAAAAAAGUAGUCCUUACCACCGUCUUGUGGCACCUCGAGGUAAUUACAGUACUGUAUAAGAGGGUUUCUAUAGUUUUAGUGGCCACAGUUGUGUCCCAGGUCAUACUUUAUACUUCCCACACCACACAAGUCGCCCACCCCCUAAAACAAAGUUUUCCAGGCUGCUACACAGCUUAGAAAUAAAGUUUUCCUUCAUCAAAUAGUUUUGAGAAGAAUGAUCCAUAAUGCACUCAAACGUAAACCAAAAAUGUUUUUAUUUUUAUUUUCAAAUGAAUUUGGGUAAUUUAAAGGACUAUUCAAAUUGCAUCAGCCAUACUCCUCCCCCCCCCCCCCCAAAAGAAAAGUUGAAAUUAGGGUAAUUUAACUCUAUCAAAGGCGCACUUGGGUGUUACUUAAGUUAUAAAUAUUGUUUAUGUUCUCAAAGUUUUCAAGGAUACAUUUUGUUCCAUCGCGGGAUUGAGUGAUAAUUUGAGAUUUUCAGCAAAAUUCUGUGCAUUUCAUUCAAAAAUGUCACCCCAUAGACCAGGGGUGUCAAACUCUAUUCAUGUUUGGUAACACAAAAAUGCUUACAAUAUCUCAACAUUAUCAUUUAUGAUAUAUGACAAUUUGAAAUUUUGGUACAGAUUUUAACAAGAAUCAUGGAAGUUGACACACAUGAUUUUGCCAUUGCGGGCCACAUAAAAUCAUGUGGCGGGCCGGAUCUGGCCCCCUGGGCCUUGAGUUUGACACCUGUGCCGUAACCAAACGGUUCUAAAAUGUCUGUUGAUAGAAAUCGGCUCUGCUGCCAAUCGUUUUGUAAUGCAGAAAUAAAAUCAAACACUGCAAUUUUAAUGCACUUAAAAAAAAAAAUCUAACAAGUUUUCUCAAGUGGCCACUGAAAAUACAGCAACCCUCACAAACCUUUUUGGUGAGGUUCUCGAUUACUCAGCGAGGAUGAGCUCCAACUCACUCGGACCAUAAAGAGGACAAGCAGCAUAGAAAAUGGAUGGCUGGGUGGGUGCCUUGCUCAAGGGCCGUAUCCUUAUACUGACCACGGGAAUCAAACCACUUGUAGGCCACAUUCUCAUGUCCACAGGAACACGGGUAUUUUUUCAUAUUUUCUUGCGUUUUGAACAUUUUUGUGACGUCGCCACAGAAAAGGUACCAGAGAUGCCGUACCAAAGAUGAUAACCGGAGAACAGGAAAUGGAAUUUAUUGAGGAAAGCGGCACACGCAUCUUUACUAAGAUUGAAAGGGCAAAAAAAAAAAACGGAAUGUAAACUGCAAAGUGAGGCGUUUUGUCCUUACAGGAAGAGAAAAGCAGAUUUUAAAUUAAAAUAAGGUUCGUAAUCUAAACAUGCAGGCAAAUGAAUAAAUGCCGUUAUUUGUCUUUUUUUGGGGAACUUUUGUCCACAGUUCAGUCAUCUUUCCAGAAUGUUUGUAUAAAAUGACAUUUGUUGAAUAUUUUAAAGGACUAUAUGAAACAGGUUAAUUUUACUAUUAUAAUAAAGUGGUAGACUUUUAAAAUCAGAACAUGUUUGAAAAAAAAAAACUUUUCAAUUGGUGCUAAGACGUAUGAGGACCACGCUAAAAAGAAAAAUACUGCCUGACAAAUUAUAUGUAAAUUUACAAGAAUAAAGUCGUAAAAUCACAAAAGCUGUGAUAGAAAUAUUGGAAUCAUACGAGAAAUGUCAUAAUAAUUUGAAAACAAAGUGGCUAUAUUUCUAGAAUGUGGGUGUUAUAUAACAACAAGAAAUGUGCAACAGUUGCAUUUGUGAAAACAAAAGGUCUUACAACGACCAAAAUGGAAUAGAAAACAAUGAAGUUGAAAACUGACAUGAAAAAAUAUUGCAAUUUUCACAAGAACAAAAGUUGUGAUAUUACGUCAAAAAACAAGAAAACAUCAUUUGAUUACAAUGGUCACAAUUUUACAGGAAUAACGUUGCAAUAUUACCAUAAUAAAAAACAAUUAUAUAUAUGGAGUCAUCAUUUUUACGAGAACGGUCGUAAUGCUUUGAGAAUAAAGUUGCGAUUGUCUGACAGAAAAACAACAACUACAAUUGCAUAUUAAAAUACGUCGAAGAAGAAGAAUAACAUUGUAAUACUAUGAGAAAGAUAUCUUACUUUUAUGG